GAAUCAAGAGAGACGACUUGAGACCACGCAUCAUGAGCCUGAGUGGCUUGGAGCCGCCGAGGUUGGACCGUGCCUUCCAGGGCCACCGGGCUCCCGUGAGCUGCCUCGCCUUCCAUCCGGAGGGCACGCAGGUGAUUUCCGGGUCCCAGGAUGGUUGCCUUUUCGUAUGGCACUUCAAGCCACAGCUUCGGCCCUUCCGCUUUUUAGGCCACAAGGGCGAGGUGCACCACGUAGCGCUGAGCCGCACGGGCCAGACCAUCGCCUCCGCGUCUGCGGAUAAAACCGUGCGCCUUUGGAGCAACUCAGCGCACGGGGACAGCCGCGUGAUCAAGGGCCACUGCGGCGCCGUACGCAGCGUGUGCUUCUCCCGGGACGAGUCGCUGCUGCUGACCGCCUCGGACGACAAGACGGUGAAGCUGUGGUCCCUAGCCACCUACCGCUUCCAUGCGUCGCUGCUGGGCCAUAAGAACUGGGUCUACUCCGCAGAUUUCUCCAAGAACUCCGAGCUGGUGGCGUCGGCGGGGGAGGAUAAGAACGUCAUAGUCUGGGACGUGGAGAGGAAGGCCUCCAUCAUGAGCUUCCCGGACUUCGAGUCCGCAGUGUCCCAGGUGAAGUUCCACCCCGACGGGUCCUGUGUGGCUGCCUGCGGCUUCGAUGGCUGCAUCAAGCUCUGGGACCUCCGCUCGCGCAAACUGCUGCAGCACUACGACGCCCAUCCAGGCGCCAUCUCCUGCAUCGACUUCCACCCCUCCGGGGAGCAGCUCGUUUCUGCCGGGGAGGAAACGCUGAAGAUCUGGGACCUCCGAGAGGGGAAGUUGAUGCACCAGGUGACGGGUCACAAGAAGGCGCCCACCGCCUGCGCCUUCUCCGCGUCCGGGCACUGCAUGGCCACCGGGGGCCGUGACAACCUGGUGCUCACUUGGGCCUGCAGUGCCACUGCGCCCUCCCCUCCGCCCACGGAGCGGGCGCCUCCGGUGCCCGCGGAGCGCGUGCCGCCUGCGCGCUCGGGCAAGCCGAGCCAAGCGCGGCACCCGGUGAGUACUCCGGAGCGGGCGGCGCCUGUUGCGACGGAGCGUGCGGUUCCAGCACCGCGGCGCAAGGAAGAGCCGAAGGAGCCGGAGGUUGCAGAGGCGGGCACCGAACCCCUGGAGCCGUCGCCGGUGAUGGAGACCUUGAAGAGCAUGCAAAGCCAGCUGGAGAUGAUGUCGCGCACCAUACUUCUGCUCGACCAGCGGCUGGCGCUCAACGAAGAGCAGGUGAGCGCGAUGCGCGCGGAGCUGCUGCAGAAGCGGGCCGCGACGGCGGCCAAGCCGGAGCCGUUAAAAACGGAGGCCCAGCUUUUGGCGCCGAGUAGCCAGGAAGAGGAGCUGCGCCGAGAGCUCGAGAGCUUGCGGCAGCUGCUCUGAGCGGUCGAGCGCUCGGCGAGCCCGAGCUCUCCGCUCGACUUCGCGGCUGGCAAACCUGCUGCUGUGUGUGUGUGUUUACAUCCCCCCA